UUUUGUCUUUAGACGAUGACGGAGGCUAUGAUUGAAGUCGCCCUCGCGACUUUGAGAUCUCUCAUUCAGAAGGAGAUCGAUUUGUUUCUGGGUGUUGAUCGAGAGAUGAGAAGGCUUUCCAGCGUUCUCUCUACGAUCAAGGCCGUGCUUGAAGAUGCUGAGGAGAAGCAGCUCACCAACAAAGCCCUCAACAAUUGGCUCCACAAGCUUCAAGAUGCAGCUCACUUGCUGGAUGACAUCUUGGAUGAGUGUUCAACACACGCCCUUUCAUUGGAAUACCCAGAACUCAAGUGUGGGUCGUCACUCACGGGAGACUUGGCCAGUGGGCUCUCAUCUAGUAGACAAAUGAGUGUCUUGAAGCAUGCAGUUUCUGUUGGGUUCCUCAUGGAGAUGUCCAAUGCGUUGCAAAUUUAUCAGCUCCAAUUUGGGAAUGAAGUUUCAUGUAAUCUUGUGCAGCGAGACUUUCUUUAUGAAUCAUUGUUGCAAAUAUAA